AUGGCUAUAGAGAAGAAAAGUGCAUUGUUACAAAGCUCAGAAGAAGUCUGGAUGAAAAGGAGAUCUAUGGCUACUGAGAAGAUCAAUGCAUAUAUGAAAAAAUUGGAAACGAUGAAGAAGGAAUUUGAUCCAUUAUCUCAUUUUACUUUUAAAAGAGUAUUGUCUCAAAUUUCCCCACAAUUUUAUACCAAAGACGAGUUAACAAAGAUAGGGAAAAUCAAUCAAGUUUUGUUUCAAGAAAAAAAUAGUUCUCUUAUUUCUUCAGAAAGUAAAGUGGAAAGAGGAGAAGGAAGUGGCUUAAAAAGGUGCCGCCCAAGUAAUGAAGAUAGCAUGUCUGAUGGAGAAAGAAGAGUGAAACCUAAACUCACAAUUAAGAGGAAACCAAUAAAUAAGAAGAAAGAAAUUGUGUCCUCACCACCACCAGAAUUGCCACGUCAUGUUAACAACAUGAUCAAAUUGUUGGAUGGCAUUGAUAUUAAAUAUGUAAUGCGUAAGAGAUUGUAUGACACUGAUCUCAAUUAUGGCAAUCAACGUCUUUCAAUGCCAAUUUCACAAAUUAAAUCUGAUUUUCUAACAGAAACAGAAAAGGCAAUUUUAGAAACAAGAGAUCAAGAUGGAAAACCAUCUACUAUAAAAGUGAUUGUGUUAGAUCCUUGUUCUAAUGAAUUUUCAUUGUCUAUGAAUAAGUGGAAUAUGACCACUACUAGUAUUUAUAAUCUUGUUCAAGAUUGGAGAAAAGUUUUGUCUAAGAAUAAGUUUAAGAAGGAUCAACAAAUCCACAUUUGGUCAUUCAGAGUUAAUAGCAACUUAUAUCUUUUACUCGAUACUUAUGAGCCGGAAGAAAUUAAAGAAAGUGGAGAACCGAAUAAUUCAACUGUGAUUUCAAAAACGGAAGAAGAACAAAGAAGUCAAAAAGAUGAAGGUUAUUGA